AUGGCCCAAAAGAGAACAAUCUUCUUUCUACUUGUGAAACUAAACCUAACAGCUGAGAAAGAGAGUUGCGGUGGAGGAAGAAGACAGACGAUGACGACGACGGCUAAAACCAUGAAAGAGGAAUCUACAAGCAGAAACAGGAAGAGGAAGAGACAAAGAAACCCUAAAAGUCCUAAAGAAGAUCCUAACGAGACACCUAAAAAUCAGAACAACGACAAAAAGCGUCAAAGAGAUACCAAAACCCAUAAAAACAACCAACAUGGAGCAUCUUCAGCUUCGUCCAAACGAUCCAAACCCUCCAACUUUCUUGACACGCUUCGAGAGAAAUUAUCAGGAGGGAACUUCAGGAGGCUUAAUGAGAAGCUCUACACUUGCUCUGGAAAAGAAGCUUUAGACUACUUUAGUGAAGAUCCAAGCUUAUUUGAUAUGUAUCAUACAGGUUAUCAGCAACAAAUGACAAAUUGGCCUGAGCUUCCUGUUAACUCCAUUAUAAGUUGGUUAUCGUCUCGAAGCUCUUCUUUAGUUGUUGCUGAUUUUGGCUGUGGUGAUGCAAGGAUUGCAAAGAGUGUGAAGAACAAAGUUUUCUCCUUUGAUCUUGUCUCAAAGGACCCAUCUGUUAUUGCCUGUGAUAUGUCAAAUACUCCGCUUGAGUCUUCAUCAGUAGAUGUUGCUGUUUUCUGCCUUUCCUUAAUGGGAACAAACUAUUCGAGUUACAUCAAGGAGGCUCAUAGAGUUCUUCGUCCAAGCGGUUGGCUUCUUAUAGCGGAAGUCAAAAGCAGGUUUGAUCCAAACAAUGGAGGAGCAGACCCUAAAGACUUUGUGAAAGCAGUUUCUGACCUUGGAUUUAGCUCUUCUUUAAAGGACUUCUCGAACAAGAUGUUCAUCUUAUUGCAUUUCAAGAAAAAGGAGCAGAUGAAGCCAAAUAAGAAGAAAAUUGAGUGGCCUGAGUUGAAAGCAUGUUUAUAUAAACGUCGAUGAUGUGUUUAUUUGAUGGAAGAUCGCAUAAGAGUUGUAGCACUUUAUGCUUCUUCAGUGUUGUAUUAUUUAUGCAUUAUUGAUUGUCUGAAAAAGCUCAGACUUUCAUCGUUCUCCACGAAGUUUUGUAAGAGAAUCAUUCACAUUGGUCUUUGAAUUAAAAAUGGUUCAGAAUUUUGUUACAUGAAGC